AAUGUAGGGGACCGAAAAAUAUUUGUGUUUUAAUUAUUAAAUGUUUAAAGCAAAGACCGAAUGUUUAAUGGAAAGGUCGAAAGUGAUUUUGAUGUACCAUCGUUGAUUUAUGUAAGAAAAAAAUGUCAGUCGAGGCACUGUGUUGUGAAGGAUCUUUUUUUAUGUAGCUUGUUGCCCGCCAAGAUACGAUGAUUGAUGUGCUGUAUAAUGAUGAUAUGUAACAACAAAAUGUAACAAUUGUUACGUUGUGUUAUUAUACAUAAAUGUUCCCUGAGGACUUAUGUAAGAGUCUGGACACUUCAUUUAAACGUGUAUACAUGUAGUUUUCAUUAACAAAUUGAUUAAUGAGGAUGAAAUAAGAGUGUAUGAUUGACUUAUAUGGAAUACAUGUUUAUAACUUGAAAGAAAUUUAAAAGCUUUGAUUGGAUUAUUGAGUGCAUUGUAGUGGCUUGUGGGAUUUUUGUUUCCUUAAUUAAGAAGGAAGAUUUUUUGUACAUCUUUAAUAUCAUCAAAAUAUUGAUGACACUGAUACAAUAAAUGAAAGAAGUGAAGUUACUGAGUUAAGAAACAUUUUUACAAUUCGAUCAGUAUUAAAUUUUGUUGUGAGAAAAAUAAGUUAAAGUGGAAUAAAAUUAAUUUAUGAGGCUAUUUGUAUAUGAUAGUGUCAAAGCUAUGUGAAAUCCUAACUAUUGUUCAGUUGUACAAAUUACUUAGUAUAGUACAACUACACUAAGGAUGUAUAUAUGCAUGACUUAAUGAAGGUCGUUCAAGGUUAUUUUGAAAUCUUGUGAAACAUUUAAAUGUAUUCUCCCAGUGUAUUAUGAUAUUAGUAGCUGAUUCUGACAAGUAGCUGAUAAAACAAACUCUCAAAAUAGUAAACCAAAACAGUCAAUUUAUAAGCCAAAAGUUAGCUGACUAAAGGCUGACAAUAGGCUGACAAUAAGCUGACAAUAGGCUGACAAUAAGCUGACAAUAAGCUGACAAUAAGCUGACAAUAGGCUGACAAUAAGCUGACAAUAGGCUGACUAAAAGUUGAUAAUAAGCUGACACAAGGCUGAUAAUAGGCUGACAAUCAGCUGAUUAAAAGCUGAUAAUAAGCUGACAAUUGUAAAACAAAAACCUGACAGAAAGCUAAAUCUUAUAAAAUUAUCCCGAUGCAUGACGCAGAAACAGAAAGUUUAUGUAGUAAACUCUCAAUUGAUGAUGACGGCUACUGCUCUGCUCCUGUGAAAUACUUUGAGCAUGACACAAUCAGAGGGAAACUCAGGAGGAUUUUGAUCCGGAACUCUACAGCAAGGUUAACAUUUACUGUGUUUGACUUGAUUGCGAAGUUUUUGGUGUGUUUACUGUACAUGGUUAGAAUUGUCCUUGAUGAUGUUAAACAAUACGAGUGCAAUGGGAGUCCAUGUCCACCAAAACCAGAGAACUUCACAGCUACAACCAGUGAUGUUAAUUGGCAUGUUAUAUUAUGGGUGCAUAGACCUCUUCCCCUAUGGAUAGCCCAGGUUACUCUUGCUGUGAUAACAUUUGUGAAAACUUUACUCAAAGUUUAUGUUGCCAAGGGCAACCGAUGGGAGCAUUUUUUACAAGGGCAUUUUAUUUUAGAAGUGUUCAGCUCCUUGCCAUUUAUUGUAACUCUUGCCUACCCACCGUUGCUAAGAAACAUGUUUGUCCCAUCAUUCCUCAGUUGCUGGCUGGCAAAGAAAGCUCUCGACAGAUUACUUAAUGACUUACACAGAACGCGGCAACGGUUCCAGACCAUAUCAGUGACCUUGACACAACAGAGUUUAGUUCUCAUGGCAACCAUGCUUUGCCUGAUUUUUACCACUAUAUGCGGUGUUCAACAUAUACAGCGGGCCAGUUCAGAAUUACAUCUGAACUUGUUUGAUGCUAUCUACUUUGUUAUUGUAACAUUCUCCACCGUUGGUUACGGUGAUAUUUCACCAGAUAUAUGGCCGAGUCGGGUGUUCAUGAUACUCAUGAUAUGUAUAGCGUUUGCCGCUAUUCCCAUGCAGAUACAAACUAUAGCCUCUACAAUGGCUGAACGUACCAAGUUUGGUAGUGAAUAUUCGGAGAGACGAGCGAGAGGAAACAAGCAUGUGGUCGUGUUGUCACGAACUUUACAGACAGAUACAGUGAUGGACUUCUUACUUGAGUUUUACGCUCAUCCUAAAUUAGAGGAACAUAUAGUUGUGUUGAUGGCAACAGAUACCAUGGAUGGAAAUAUGCAAAUAAUUCUCAAAGAUCCCAAAUGGUCGCAGCGUGUUGUGUACAUGAGAGGAUCUGCUUCAGAAAGAUACAGAUCUGAAGCGUUGUCGUAUAGCGAGGCUGAGGCGUGUUUUAUUUUAGCACCAAGAUAUAUUCAAGAUAGGACUAAAGCAGACCAGCAUACAAUUUUAAGAUCUUGGGCUGUGAAAGAUUUUGCGCCAAAGUGUAAGCAGUAUAUCCAGCUGUUUAAGCCUGAGAACAAAAUACAUGUGAAGUUUGCAGAACAUGUUGUGUGUGAGGACGAGUUCAAAUAUGCCUUACUUGCCAACAAUUGUCUCUACCCAGGAUUAUCUACCCUUGUUUCCUUGCUGGUGCACACAUCAGGUGGAUUAUAUGGUAAAGGGUCCAUUGAAGGGACAAUACGCAGUGGUAAAUAUAGGCAGUUGAGAAAAAGUGAAGGGGAGUUAGCAACUGACCAAUGGCAACAGACUUACGGCAGACACUCAGGAAAUGAGAUAUAUCAUAUACAGCUGGGACGUAGUGCAUUCUUCAGUGGUUAUGAGGGUAAAAAAUUCACUGAAGCAUCAGCAGAUGCCCAUCAAAGAUUUGGUAUAUCUUUGGUGGCUGUCUUGGACACUACAGUAGAAGAGCCACAUUUACAGCUGAACCCGGGACCUACGUACAUCCUCAAAGCUACAGAUUUCUGUUUCUAUAUGAGUGUAACAAAAGAGGAAUAUGCUAAGAUACAACCAGAUGCCCUUAAACAAGAUGAUAGUAAAUCUAGUAGAGCCAAGAAUAUGGAACGUAUGGCAGCAGAAUUACAGCGUAUGCUCGAGUCAGAUGAUGAGGAUGAAGAUUAUGGUGAAGAGGAAUCAGUUUUUAACACCAUAACUAUACAACAAGGAUAUGAGUUAGCAAGUCGUGUACGUAGAGCCACAUACUCUGCGGAUGAAAGUGGAAAGUUGCACAAUCCCCAGCAAUCUCCAACAAUGGACAUGCAUCACCGAGCUGUAUUUAAUAGAAUGAAUAGUCCUACGAAAACCAGCCCUCCAAAGAGCAAUGGCGAACCAGUAGGUGAACCUCUGAAAAAGUUGUUUGUAGUUGGUCAUGUUUCAGAUGACAAUCCGAGAGACCCAAGGGAUAAUCCUGACCACUUUGACCACAUUGAUGGCACAGAUCAAGGCCAGAUACUUGGCAAAUAUAUGGAUAUGGACCAAGAUGAAAAUUUAAGGAUCAUUUUACCCACGAUUGAAGAGUUUUCAGAAACACCUCAAAGUUUUAUCCAUGAACCUGUGGACCCUUUCAAGAAAGAGCGUGUGGGGGACAGUGUAUUAUUGAAUAAUCACUGUUCUUUAGAUGAGUUUAUAACUGGACCUCCUCCUGUCACAUUGUAUGUAGGAUCAAAGAGAGCUAUUUGUCAUUUAAUGAAGGAACGAAGACCAAUAUGUUGUCUUGAAUGGGGAACAGACUGUAGUCACUGUAAGUACAAGAAUACAAACGAUGAGAGAUGGACUCAUCAGCUGAUUAUACUAGCUGCCGAACAUGCAUGUAACGGAAUCUACAACUUUAUAGUACCUCUACGUUCACAGUUCAUUGGAAUGAAGUCCCUCUGCCCCAUUAUAUUGUUAUUGGAAGAACAACCAAGUGCAAUGUUUCUAGAGACCAUGUCCUUCUUUCCACUGGUAUACUGGAUGAAAGGAAACAUUAAAAGUGUUGAUGACUUACUGAAGGCGGGUAUAAACAAGGCAUCACAUCUUGUGGUUGUGAACAAAGAGGAAGGUGAUAUAGAGUGUGAGGAUACACUAGCUGAUGCUGAAACUAUUGUUGCUGUACAAACAAUAUUUAAGUUAUUCCCAAAUGCCAACAUUAUAACAGAAUUAAAUCAGGCGUCCAACAUGAGGUUUAUGCAUUUCCGAGCCCACGAUGAAUACUCACAAAAAAUAUCGGGACUUGAAAGGAAAUUAAAGUCCAGUAUGACGUCUAAUUUGAGUCAUAUAUUCCGUCUUCCAUUUGCUGCUGGUCAGGUAUUCAGUGCCAGUAUGUUGGAUACACUACUGUACCAGACCUUCGUGAAGGGGUACCUUAUAACAUUUGUGAGACUUCUGUUAGGCAUAGAUGCUGAGGAAAACUCUGGACAUCUCUCUAGUAUACGAAUGAAGAGAACCACUCUGGCCAGGUAUAGGACUUACGGAGAAUUGUACCAUGCAUUGUGUUCAACAACUGGGGAAAUCCCCAUAGCUUUAUAUAGAACAGAUAACCAGGCUACAACUAAACCUGUCAGCCCAUAUGCUACAGAAACUGUGGCUCAACAAAAUAACAACAAAAUCGAGGGAGCCCCUUCUCCGAAGAAACUAAGAAUGCAUCAAGACCCACGUAAAGUGUCGAGUCAAAUUAACAUACAGAAAAACUGGAACAAUCAGAACCCAGAAAGAGAAGAUAUCUCGGAUCUGAUCAAAAACCGUAUGAAGAGCCUGGAUCUAUCUGUCAAUGAUUACUGUGAUAUGGAGUACAAGAAGAAUGACAUUUCCUAUGUAAUACUCAACCCAUCACCCAAACGAAAACUUCGAACUGGAGACUUGGUGUAUGUAUUACAACCAAGCUCCAUGUUUGCCAUUCCAACCAGACUGAAUCGCUGGAAGCAGAGACCACGAGCCUGGACCCCUCCACCGGAGAGUACAAUGUCCCGGUUCGGUUCUGACCCCGACCUUCAGAAAGCGGGCAACGGUGAUUUGAUGAGGGAACGGACUCAUUCUUGUAGUAGUACAGAUACGCCGAGUAAAUCUAACAGAUUUAAAGUCGACACUGCUAUGUAAAAUCAUCCCUGCUCCAAUAAAGAUAGGGAUAUUUAACACUUGAUAAAAUCAAAGCUAAAGAUAUGCAGUUUAGAAAAGAACUAGUAAUCUGUGUUCAACAUUUGAAAGAAACAGUAGCAAUUUUGCUGUUAUUGUUUCCUUCGUGCUAUGUUUUGUUUAUUUGCAUGAAUGGAAUUGAUUCAUAUUACACACCUUUUACACUUUAGGCUAAAAGUCACUUUAUCAGUAUAGAGUCUGGGCAGACUUACAAUUUAAUUGUGUAUGUAAUGGCUUGACUCAAUACUGGUGAAUCAACUGCUAAAAUGCAAAGAUUUAAAGAAAAGUAAUGUUAAAAAAAAACAGUAUAAAUUCAAUGACUAAUACAUUACAUUUGUGUUUAGUAAAACGUUCCAGUUUAUUGAUGAUGGUGAUUCUAGUUGUUUUCAAGGGAUGUGGUAAUUUUAUAAAUUGCCAGAAAUAAUUGUGCUAGUACAUAUUUACAUAGAUUAACUACUUAUUACAUUCACUACUUAUAUUUUACUUAAAACAUUCACUUCUUGAAGGAGCUCCACUGAAGUCAAAAAGCCUAGAAUCAUGAGAGUUGAAAUUAUUGCAUAGAGCAAGUGAAACACUCUAAAAUGGAAAUAUGAGCCGUGUCAUGACAAAACCAACAUGAUGGGUUUGCGACCAGCAUGGAUCCAGACCAGCCUGCGCAUCCGCACAGUCUGAUCAGGAUCCAUGCUGUUCGCUUAGAAACCCUACAACAAGUAGAGAAACUGAUGGCGACCAGCAUGGAUCCUGAUCAGACUGCGCAGAUGCGCAGGCUGGUCUGGAUCCAGGCUGGUCGCAAACACAUUAUGUUGGUUUUAUCAUGACAUGGCUCAUAUUAUGUUCAAGGGAUAAGAAAGAAAUAUGCUCAGACUAAACAUUGAUUCAAUAAAAGAAUAAAUGUGUGAUCUUUAUCCUGAAGAAAAUUGUAAUGUUUUUUUUUGUUUUGGGUCAUUUUGCUCUAUGAAAGUAAUGAUUCUGGAAAAACAGGAUGAGAGAAUGACCUGAAAGAGACCUACAUCAAAUGGUACACAAAUCUGUAAUAAUAUUUUCAUUUCCAUCAGUGGAGUCCCUUUAAUGCAAUCAUUACUACUUUAUGCAUUUAGUCAUUCGCUCACUACUUACUAGUUAUACAUUCCCAUCUUAUUAAUGCAUUCGCUACUUUAUACAUUUUCUACAUAUUGCUGUUUUACAAAGAUACAUAAAAUAACAUAGAUUUAUGAUUUAUAUUUGUGUGAAAAAUAUGUCCAACAUUAUAUAAGAGACUAUUGAAUUAUAUGUAAAAAUUGCAUUUGUUGAAAAAUGAAAGGGACCAUUGAAUUAUAUGUUUUGCAAAAUAAUAUACUGGACCAUAAAUUAUAUAUGUGAAAAUUCUAUAAAUAAUUUUAAGAGACUAUUGAAUUAUAUGUGAAAAGUUUUUUGUUUUUUUUUUGUUUUUUUAUAAUACAAGGGACCAUUUAAAUGUCCCUUUGUAUGUGAAUGUUUUUUGUUUUUGCUUUUUUAAAAAAAAAAAAAUAACAGACGAUUGAAUAAUAUGUAAAUAUUUAUGUAUUUGAAUUAAUAUCAGCACCCAUUGAUUUAUAUGUGAAUUUUUUUGUUAUUGGAUAAAUAUAAAUUAAUUACACAACAAAAGCAAAUUUUGUUAUCGAAAUGAUAUACCUAUGGAUUCCAUUGAAUUAUAUGUAGAAAUAUGUUAUUUAAUAUUCAUUUAUAAAUGGGACCAAUAGAUUGUUUGUAAAAUUGCAUUUUUAUUGCAAUAUAAUAUAUAAAACCAAUGUAUAUUUGCUGAUUUUUUUUUUUAAGAAGGGACCAAACCUGAUGUGUUCAAAGCUUUGUUUGCAACAACAUUGAAUUGCUGUUGUUAAAUUAUACUUAAUAUUUUUAGGUUUUAGUUUUUUGUCAUAUUUUGGUUUCAUUUUGGUAAAACAUAUUAACAAUUUAUAGGGAAUAACUUGUAGUAGAACUAUUUUAUUUUAUGAUGAUGUGUAAAAGUUGAAUUAUAUGGAAAUUCUGGAUUAUGAAACUAAACUGUAUGAGCCGUUAAGUUUUAUGUGAAAAUUGUUUUGCUCGUACAUUAUUAUGUUUUUACAAACUGAAAUUAUAAAUGACAUAAUCUGUUGAUGCUUAUUGUAUGAUGGUGGUAUUUUAAAAACUGACUGUGAUCAUGGGAUGUUUUUUUUAUAUACAAUGUAUCAUAAUAUUAUUGAAAUACUCUCUUUUUUUUCUUGGGAUGUUUAAAGGAACUCCACUGAGGUCCAAAUAAUAAUAAAAACACAAAAUUAAAAGAUCUGUGAACACUUCAAACAGAAACAUAUGAAGAAGAUGAUGAAGACAUUACACUGGUACUCAAAACUGAAAAUCUAUAUUGAGUGUAAUUCUGACCCCGAUUAGAGGAAAAGCAUUUACAGUAAACAUUUUUUUUUCAGCCUUGUUUUGUCAAAAUAAAAAAUGCCUCAGUGUAGUACCUUUAAUAAAUAUGUCAGUUAAUUAUGAAUAAAAGAUCAUUACAUAAUAUUAUGUAAGCUGUUUACAAUCAAAACCACAUGGGAAAACUUCAAACCCAACCAGAAACAAUAAUGGAUAAAAUUAGUUUUUACUGAAAGUUGUGGUCUUGUCAGGAGUUUUAUUAGAGGCCAAGUUUUUCUUCUAUCAUUCAAUUGUCUUUUUUCCAUAUCAAAAUGCCAUUUUUUGAUAAUGGCUUCAGAUUAGAAUGUAUUAUAAUUAGAAUAUUUUUACAUUUUUCAGUUAGACUCACCAUGGAAUCUCAGUGUCUAUCAGCUUAGAUAAUGUGUAGACAUCCAAAAAUCAACAAACACCUUGACUCACAAAAAUACAAAACACAUUCUGAUCCCACAAAACAACACCAUGAUCCACAAACAAAAAUUCUAAUCCACAAAACAACACCUAGAUCCACAAAACAACACCCUGAUCCACAAAACAACAUGCAUAUUGAUCCACAAAACCACAUCCUUAUCCAUCAUACAACAAAGUACCUGUCCCACAAUUCAUACACAUUCUUAAUUGUUAACAGUUAAGUGUCUCUUUUGUCAAAAUAGUGAGGUUGCAAUCAUUUUUCAAAUAGCCAUUGUUGAACUUGUAUUUACUAUCAGAACAAACUGUCUACCUCUGGAAGUUACAUGUAUUGUUCAUUUAAGAUUGUGCUUGUGUAAACAGUCACACCUGUAUUAAAAGACCACCUCUAAAAAAGAUAACCCUGGAAAUAACCCUUGUUCACAGCUUUCACUGUAUUUAUUAUUUUCUCACUGAAUGUUACACUAAAUGUUAAGUGUACUGCAUGUGUAUGCCGCAUAUACAUGUAGGUACACAAUUUUAUGAUUGGAUACAAAGACUUUUCAUGUGAUUUUUAAAGUCUUCCGUGUUAUAAUACAUUGUUUCUGUACAAGUAUAGGUUUUGUAACAUUAUCUUUAGCCCUCACUUCACUUCUUCUCUUAAAAGGACUUGCCUAUCUUUCAAUCUGGACAAAAAAGAAACAUCUUUUGUUUUCAAAAUUAAAAAAAAAAAGAGCAAAAAACAAAAAGAAAAUAAUCCAAUGGCAUUGAUGUACUGGCUGAUCUUGAUCUGUCCUGGAUGAAUGAGUAGAAUUAGCCAUCAGGAGGCUAAGGGUAAGAUACUGGAUUGUUUCCCCCUUUUGAAAAAAUGCUAGCUUUGAGAGGGUCGGGCCAUGGACUUGUAAAUGGAAACAAUAUGUUAACUAACAAUUUUUCAGACUGCACAUAUGUAGUCGUUAGUCUGACUCUAUACUAAUGGCAUACACAAGUUAUUUUUGCUUCUAGCAAUCAAAGAUUUGGUCAUUGUUAUAAAACAGAAGGUUUAUGGUAAGGUUAGGAUGCUUUGUAAAUAUUUGAUAUUUGUGUUAUACACAUUUUGUUGAAUCUCACAAAAGUUUCUUGCCAAAAUACUGAAGUUACUUUGUUGAAUGUGAUGAAUUUAUGUGCAGUUUUUUGUUUUUUUUGUUUUGUUUUUAAUUUGAAGGUUUUGAUGUUGUUUAGAUGUACAUUUAUAAAGCUAGUGUUAGUUGUUUGUAAAAAAAGUAAAUGAGAAAUUCACACUUAGUGUGAAAUUUUCUUGAUUUUUUGUUGUUGUUUUUCUUUUAAUUUUGUGUCUUUUACUUCUUUUUGUAAGAAUUUUUUUUCUAUUUCUAUUUCACAUAACGUCUAAUAGGUUGAUUAUUAUUUAUCAAACUCAAAAAUAAAAUUGAAAACCAGACUGUUAAUGGCUACAUCUAAUUGGUUUCUAGACUUAAGUUUAAAAAUUGACCAAUCAUAUUUGAGUAAUUUACAGACUGGUUGUCAUAUGUUUUUACAUUAAAUCUUGAUCUCGGUUGGAAAAAUGCUCAUUGGAUGAAACUGAUUAUUAAAUUUUGCACUUUCUAAAUGGUGAAUCCUGUGAAUUCUGAAAUAUUUGUAAAUUUACGAUUACGAUGGUGAUAUGUAAAACAAAGUGGUCACAGAAUUAUUGUAAAUAUGCUUUAUACAUUUUUGUAAUGUUUUGCUUGUAGCAUUUUGCUUGUGUUAAAUGAGCUACAAUUGAUCAUAAUGUAGAUUUAGAUAAUUCUCUUUAUUUCAUGUUUUAUGUUAAUUAAAACCAUGAUUGUGAUCUUUUUAGAAAUCAAAACAUUAUUGUGGAAUUUUGUCACAGUUUAAAGGUCAUAUAUAACAGAAAAAGAAAAUAUGUUUAGUUAGUUUAGCUAUUUGUUUGUUUGUAGGGCAAAUGUGUUAUUUUGCAGGGAAUAUUUUCAUAUUUUACUUCAACAAGGCUUUUAGGUAUAAAUUCUAUAAAAUCAGACAUUUUUGCAAAAAAACAAAAUUAAGCAAAAUUAAUUUCAUUGGCAAGGCUCAACAAUUUUUUAAGCUUUGUUAAAAUGAUACUGAAAUACUGAGCAAACAUUUAUUUUUAUUUAAAUCGUUGAAUUGCAAAAUUAACAAACUUUAAUUCAUUGCAAAAAUGUCUGUUUUUUAAAGUAAAAUAAAGAAUACCUGGUAUGGAAUGUCCUCUGUGUUCACUUGAAAUAAAUGAAUAUCUUCUGUUAAUAAACUUUGCUAUGUCUUAAUCAAAGUGGCACAUGGUCAUGAUAUAGAGUGUAAAUUAAAAUACAACCAUUUCAAAAAUCAAGCAGCAUUGUGUUUAUUAAAGCGCAUUUUGUUCUAUUUAUGUUAUAAAUCAUAGUGUAAGAUUAUGGAGUUUGUAGAGUGGCGUUUUGUUUAUAUAAACUACAGUUCUUUCUAUUUUAAAUUUUUUUCCUCGUUCAGCUUGACUAUCACUUCAUCACUUUACCACAAAAGUUCUACAUGUAUAUUUCUUAAAACAAUCAGAAUCAGCAAUCAAAUAAUUUAUUCUUAAUGUUUUCACAGUCAUUCCAUAUUUUUACUCCUAAAAACAUCACAAACAAGAAGUAAAAUGAUGACAGAUAGUGAAAUAAUCCGGACACCAGAACCAUAUUUAGGCCUUUUUUCUAUAUAUAUCAUUUUUUUUAAGUCUAUUUUAAACCCUUUUCCAAAUGUUAUGUUGUUUGUAAAUAGUAAAUGUUUAAUCAGAUGGUUUAUUUUAUGAUAAUAAAUGCACAUGUUAUCCACUAUAAUGAUUUUUUUAAAGUAACUUGAGCCUGUCCCUCGAGUCUUCAUAUGGGAGUAGGGGGUGGUAGGUGCUAUAAUAUGCUUUUUAUUCUUUCAAAAGUAUUGAUGCUACAUUAACUUUAUAUUGUGGUUAUUUCAUUUCUUGCCAGUUCCCGCGAGAACCACCUUCAAAGUUUGAACUUCAUUAAAUAACUUAUUUAAUUUUAUACAUAUGUCAUUUCUUUAAAGUAAUGUUUUGUAAUGAAAUUUGUUUAAUUGUUCCAUGUUGUAGUACAGUUGAAGAUUAUUUUUUGUAGGAAUGUGAGGUAUAUUUUAAUCAAAAUUUGUUAUAAUAGAACAUGGGCAAUAGAUAUAAAAAAAGCUUCAUAAUUUUUGUGUUUUUUUAGCUCACCUGAGCAUGCUCAGGGUGAGCUUUUAGGAUCGAUGAUUGUCCGUCAGGAUGCUUAUCUAGUUGAUAGCUCGGAUGAGUUCGAACAUGGGUCAUCUCGGAUGAAAAACUAGGUCACAAGAGCUAAAAAUAGAAAAACCUUGUUAACACUCUAGAGGUCACAUUUUUGCCGCAAUCAUCAUCAAACUUGGUCAGGAUGUUUGUCUAGGUGAUAGCUCGGAUGAGUUCGAACAUGGGUCAUCUCGGAUGAAAAAGUAGGUCACCCGAGCUAAAAAUAGAAAAACCUUGUUAACACUCUAGCGGUCACAUUUUUGCAUCAAUCAUCAUCAAACUUGGUCAGGAUGCUUGUCUAGGUGAUAGCUCGGAUGAGUUUGAACAUGGGUCAUCUGGGAUGAAAAACUAGGUCACUGGAGUUAAAAAUAGAAAAAACCUUGUUAACACUCCAGCGGUCACAUUUUUGCCUCGAUCAUCAUCAAACUUUGUCAGGAAGCUUGUCUAGGUGAUAGCUCGGAUGAGUUCGAACAUGGGUCAUCUCGGAUGAAAAACUAGGUCACUGGAGCUAAAAAUAGAAAAACCUUGUUAACACUCUAGCGGUCACAUUUUUGCAUCUAUCAUCAUCAAACUUGUUCAAGAUGCUUGUCUAGGUGAUAGCUUGGAUGAGUUCGAACAUGGGUAAUCCUGGAUGAAAAAAUAGGUCACCUGAGCUAAAGAUAGAAAAACCUUGUUAACACUCUAGCGGUCACAUUUUUGCCUCAAUCAUCAUCAAACUUGGUCAGGAUGCUUGUCUAGGUGAUAGCUCGGAUGAGUUCGAACAUAGGUCAUCUCGGAUGAAAAAGUAGGUCACCGGAGCUAAAAAUAGACAAACUUUGUUAACACACUAGUGGUCACAUUUUUGCCUCAAUCAUCAUCAAACUUGGUCAGGAUGCUUGUCUAGGUGAUAGCUUUGAUGAGUUUGAACAUGGGUCAUCCUGGAUGAAAAACUAGGUCACCUGAGCUAAAAAUAGAAAAACCUUGUUAACACUCCAGGGGUCACAUUUUUGCCUCAAUCAUCAUCAAACUUGGUCAGGAUGCUUAUCUAGUUGAUAGCUCGGAUGAGUUUGAACAUGGGUCAUCUCGGAUGAAAAACUAGGUCAUAAGAGCUAAAAAUAGAAAAACCUUGUUAACACUCUAGCGGUCACAAAUUAUUUUGCCUCAAUCAUCAUCAAACUUGGUCAGGAUGUUUGUCUAGUUGAUAGCUUGGAUGAGUUCGAACAUUGGUCAUCUGGGAUGAAAAACUAGGUCACAGGAGCUAAACAUAGAAAAAUCUUGUUAACACUCUAGUGGCUACUGUUUUGAUCCAAAUAUCCUGUAAAUUGGUCUGAAAGUUUGUUUUGAUGAUUUCUAAGUCAAGUUCGAACAUGGGUCAUCUUGGAUGAAAACUAGGUCACACCGCCCAAAUAUGGAAAAACCUUGUUAACAUUCUAGUGGUCACAUUUUUGACUCAAUUAUCAUCAAACUUGGUCAGGAUGCUUGUCUAGGUAAUUGCUCGGAUGAGUUCAAAAUCGCAUGUGAAACUAGGUCACCGGAGCUAAAAAUAGAAAAAUCUUGUUAACACUCUAGUUGCUACUGUUUUGAUCCAAGUAUCCUGGAAAUUGGUGUGAAAGUUUGUUUUGAUGAUUUCUAGGACAAGUUUGAAUAUGGGUCACCUGGGUAAAAAACUAGGUCACACUGCUCAAAUAUGGAUAAUCCUUGUUAACACUGUAGUGGUCACAUUUUUGACUCACCUGUCAUGAGACUUGGUCAGAAUGCUUGUCUAGGUACUUGUUUGGAUGAGUUUGAUGGGUCAGGUGAGCGAUCUAGGGCCAUAAUGGCCCUCUUGUUUUCACGUCUUAUCUGGAGGUACAAGCAAAGUUUUACCACUAUAUCUUCAGGGUGUAUAACCAUUCACUAUAAGGUUAUCAAAGUGUUGUGUUACUUUCAAUAUAUGUACACUGUUGUAUCUGUUAAAAGUUUGUUUGUACCCCAGUAUAAGCCUGGAAAAACCCAAAUAUUCUUAAUUCUAAAGUAACUCAAUUUCAAGUGUCUUCAGCUAUGCAUAAAUCAAUACACUGUACACUUGACAUCAUAUUUUAUGUUACUUAUCUUUCAGCUCAAGCAGCUAGGUUAUGGGUUAAAGCUUGUUCUGAAUUGUGCUCUUUCAAAAGUUAAUCCUUUGCCUUAAUUUGAUUGGUUUUCUUUUUAAUGUAUAAUUACAACAUUUCUUUGUAAUAUGUUGUUGUUGUUUUUCUUCUUCUGAUUUUUAACUUGUGCACACAUAUUUUACCUGGACAGUGCUUGCUGUAUUUUUGUUCCAAGAAUUUGUUAUAUGAAAAAGUCUUUGUAUAAUAAAAUUUCGUAAAAGACAAAA